CAAAAGGAGACCUUAAUGGCCUUCAAUUUUUAACACUAACAAAUUGAAAAGCUUCAAAUUGUUCAGAUAUCGGCGCGUCGCAUACUUGGUGCAAACACGCUCUACGUUGGAAAGGAAAUCAGCCCUAGCUAGCCUUAUUGAUUCAUCUUUAGCUUAGUCUAUAUAAAUCGUACACUUCGAAGAAUAUCCAUGGUGUAGCAUACUAUGGAAUAAUCAACUUCAAAUCCGUCUGGUUUCUGACUGCAACGUGCCGCAAGAUAAGGCGAAAAAACCUGGGGAAAGCUCCCUGGAUCUUGCUUACUAAUCCAUCACUACUUUUCAUCUCCAUUUCAUCCUCUUUUCAUCUCCAUUCAAUCCCCUUUAAAUUUCUUCUUUUCACCCCCCAUUCGUAUUUUUCUUUAUUUCACCAUUGUCAAAUCAUACUCAACAGUAAGCUCGUUGCAAUGUCUGUUGAAGUUCCCUACACCAAGCUCGGAAAGUCGGGGUUAAAAAUCUCCCGCGUCAUUGUCGGAUGCAUGUCCUAUGGUACCAAAGCCUGGGCCAACUGGGUCAUCGAAGACGAAGAGGUAAUCUUUGGUAUCUUCAGCAAAUGUUACGCUGCGGGUAUCAGGACGUUUGACACCGCAGAUGUUUAUUCCAACGGCAAGUCUGAGGAACUCUUGGGAAAGUGGAUCAAGCAGUACAACAUCCCAAGAGACCGGAUCGUCAUCUUGUCCAAGUGCUACUUCCCGGUGGACACCAAUAUCCCGGGAUUUAACCUUAAUACCCGAGGAAAUUUCCCAAAGGUGGACUACAUCAACUCGCAGGGUCUUUCUCGCAAGCACAUCUUUGACGCUGUGGAGGCCACGGUCCAAAGGUUGGGAACCUACAUGGACGUGUUGCAGGUGCACCGCUUGGACCAAGAUACUCCCAGCGAGGAGAUUAUGAAGGCAUUGCACGACGUUAUCGGGUUGGGGCACACCCGAUACAUUGGAGCCUCAACCAUGAAGGCUACCGAGUUUGCCGAGUUGCAAUUCGUGGCCGAGAAGAACGGCUGGACCAAGUUCAUCUCCAUGCAAAACUACUACAACUUGCUCUACCGUGAGGAAGAAAGAGAGAUGAUUCCAUUCUGCAACCGGUCCGAAGUGGGGCUCAUUCCGUGGUCGCCAAACGCCAGAGGUAUCUUGACUCGUCCUGCGUCUGCCCAGUCCGAUAGAACGCAAUCUGAUAGGACCAUGACCUUGUUGGGAUUGGACAGUUUGACGGAGGCCGAUUCGGAAAUCUUGAAGCGCGUAGAAGAGGUGGCCAAGACCAAGAAUGUUUCAAUGGCCACGAUUGCUACCACAUGGGUGUUGUCUAAGGGUGCUUCUCCUAUUGUCGGACUUUCAUCGGAGGCCAGAGUGGAUGAUAUUCUUCAGGCAUUCACCGUGACGCUAGAUGAUAAGGAGCUUGAGUACUUGGAGGCUGCUUACCAGCCAAAGCGUGCGAUAUAAGAGCAAAUUCCUAACGAGGGUGAUCUCACGUGGUUUAUAGUUUUUGUCGAAAUACUUGUGCUUGCUUGUAUACGUAGGUACGCUAGGACCAUAGGCUAAACAUGCAUGGCCUGAAACAUCCCUCUCGAGUGUAGAAUGAAAUGCAGGUUAGAAUAUAGAGGGAAAGUUGGCAAGGCUAAUCUGGAGUGGGAAUAUUUGCCUUGUCGCGGAGUAUCCCUUUGGCUGACUUCGAAUGGUAUGGGUGGGCACCUUAGCUAAAUAACCACACCUGGAUAGAGGCGGAUCGUACUGUUAAUUUAAUUUUAAUC